AUGUCUGUCACCGAGCGCACCUACAUCAUGAUCAAGCCUGACGGCGUUCAGCGCAACCUCGUCGGCAAGAUCAUCGCCCGCUUCGAGGAGCGUGGCUACAAGCUCAUUGCCCUCAAGCUCGUCCAGGCUACCGAGGAGCACCUCGAGAAGCACUACGCCGAUCUCAAGGGCAAGAGCUUCUUCCCCGGAUUGAUCAAGUACAUGGCCUCCGGCCCCGUCGUCGCCAUGGUCUGGCAAGGACUUGACGCCGUCAAGACCGGCCGUGUCAUGCUCGGUGCAACCAACCCCCUCCAAUCCCCUGUCGGAUCCAUCCGUGGUGACUUCUGCCUUGCUGUCGGACGCAACAUCUGCCACGGUUCCGACUCUGUUGAGUCUGCUGAGAAGGAGAUCGCUCUCUGGUUCCCCGAGGGUGUUGUCCAAUACACCAGCGCCAUGGAGUCCUGGAUCUUCGAGUAA